UACUCACAAGCCCUAUUUUUAGCCAAGGCGCGUUCACGUGGUCCGCGUUCACUUGUCGCUCAUCAUCAGACUGAACUGGUCUGAACCCAGUCCUCAUCUGCACCAACACACGGAUCUUCUACAGGAUAAUUAAAAGAUGUGGAAGUCCGUUGUGGGUCACAAUGUGAAUGUGAAGGCAGCUACAGAAGGGGACGACUGGGAGACAGACCCUGACUUUGAGAAUGACGUAUCGGAGCAGGAGCAGAGGUGGGGAGCCAAAACCAUUGAGGGCUCCGGACGCAAAGAACAUAUCAGCGUUGCAGAGCUCAGAAACAAAGUCGCUGUGGAGCAUGAGCAAGUGAAGCAGAAGGAGCACAUUCCCAAAGCAUCGUAUGGAUAUGGAGGGAAGUUUGGAGUGGAGAAGGACCGAAUGGACAAGGGGGCCGUGGGUCACGACUAUGUGGCAAAGGUUGAGCAGCACUCAUCCCAGACAGACGUGGCCAAAGGAUUUGGUGGUAAAUUUGGUGUUCAGAGAGACCGUGUUGAUAAGUCUGCCAUGGGCUUUGAAUACAAAGGAGAAGUGCAGCAGCACACCUCUCAGAAAGAUUACUCAAAAGGAUUUGGAGGGAAAUACGGCGUUGAAAAGGAAAAAGUGGACAAGGCAGCUUUGGAUUACAGCUACAAAGGCGAGACAGAGAAGCAUCAGUCACAGAGAGACUACGCCAAGGGGUUUGGAGGGAAGUACGGGGUGGAUAAGGAGAGGGUGGACAAGGCGGCCCUAGGCUACGACUAUAAAGGAGAAACAGAGAAGCACCAGUCACAGAAAGAUUACUCAAAAGGAUUCGGAGGGAAGUUUGGUGUUGAGAAGGAGAAAGUAGAUAAAGCUGCACUGGGUUACGAUUAUAAAGGCCAGACAGAGAAGCAUGAGUCACAAAAAGAUUAUUCAGCAGGUUUUGGUGGUCGAUAUGGAGUACAGACAGACCGCAUGGAUAAGAAUGCAGCAGGCUUCUCAGACAUGGACUCCCCAACUUCUGCGUAUGAAAAGACACAACCGCUGGAGGCCUCAAGUGCAGGUGCAGGAAAACUGAAGGCUCGUUUUGAGAGCAUGGCCAAAGCUUCAGAUGAGGAGAACAGGAAAAAAGCAGAAGAAGAGAAAGCAAGAAGACAAGCCAGAGAGAGGAGAGAGCAGGAAGAGGCCAAAAGCAGACAGCAGGAGCAAACCAGCAGAGAGGAGGAAUCUCCUCCACCACCUGUUGAGGAUGAGGCUCCGGUGUAUGACCUGCCGCCACCUGAAACCGAACACCUCAUGCCAGAGAUAAAAGAAAUACCUGAGCCAAUGCCAGAGGAGGAUCCAGAAUGUGACAACCCCCCAGCCUUGCCUCCACGCUCAGAUGAUCUCCUAGAACCAGGUGCCCCUCCUCUACCUGAGAGGUCUGCAGCGGUGGACGAGGAUGAAACAGACUAUGAUGAAAUUUCUGGGCCACCAGCUGCUCUGCCAGCAGCGGAUAACGACUACCAGGACCUGUCGUUAGGCCAGAAGGCAGUUGCAAUUUAUGACUAUGAGGGAGAGGCGGAUGAUGAGAUCUCCUUCAAUCCAAAUGACGUCAUCACCAACAUAGAAAUGAUUGACGAGGGUUGGUGGAAGGGACAGUGUCAUGGAUGCACGGGUCUGUUCCCAGCUGCCUACGUUCAGCUGAUGUAGAGGAAGAGUUUGUCCUGCGCGCUCUUCACUGACAGACUUGUGUUUCUUAGACUGCUAAUAUAAGGAAGUUAUACAGUAAAGCUCUGUAUUUAUGGAAGAAAUCAGUAUAUUUUCAGUUGAUUUCAGUCUUUUGUCUGUAUAUCUUACUCAGGAUCUGAAGAUCCUAAUUCAUUAUAAACAAUAAAAAUAUUUACAAAGGU